AGCCAGUGGUCAAAGAAGAGCCUCAGCCAGUGGUCAAUGAAGAGCCCCAGCCACCUACUCCCAUCAAACCUGGUGUGCAGAGCAGUGAGCAGCAGGCUGAGGACCUGCCAGCAGCCAGUCAGAAGGUCCCAGAGUGCCCCAGAGCCACCAGCACCCCCCAGAAGAGCCUGGCCGCUGAUCCCCACAUUAUGACAGAGGCUGUAGAGCCAGAGCAGGCAGCAGGAGCGAUGCUGGUAGGAGAUCACUCCUCUCCUGGAGCACCUCUGGAGGUAGAGCCGUGCAGCCAAAGCAGCCCUGAAGCUGGUGCUGGGUCACAUCCCUGCAGUCCCACAGCCCCUCCGGAGCCUGCUGAGCCAUCCCAGGGCCAGCAGUGCAAGGCAGAAGCUGCCAGUGCUGGGGUCCCACCUGGAAGUCUCACAGAGCCCAAGGUACAACCCAGAGAGGCUUCCUCCGAUGUCUGCAUCAAACAAGAGACCUCACCAGGGACCCAGCACCCUCCUGGGUCCAGUGAGAUGAAACGGCCUGCAGGAGGCUUGCACCAACCCUGCUCCAAGCUCCCAAAAACCUCCCCAGGCAGCAUGGACCACCGCUCUGCUUCUGUCCUCGCCAGGAUGAGGGAGAUUGAGCGGGCCUACCAGCAGUGCAGCCUGAACACUGCAGCGGUGGCCGCGAUGCUGCUGCAGGAGGAGCCUUCCUUGGAAGCAGCACUGGGGCCAGCACUGAGGGCGAACCUGCGCCAGGGCCGCAUCCACCACCUCCAGGAGCUGGAGGACUUCAUCAACAGCUACGACUCGGUCACCCAAGCUGCUGAGGGUGCUGAGCCUUCAGGUCAGGGUGUUAGGGACCCGUUGGAGUAGUUGUAGCAUCUCUCAUGGACAUGGAGGAGGAGCUGAGUGUUUAGUUUUAGCCCUGCUCAGUGUGGCGAGGCUGCAGUGUUUGCUCCCUUACACCCCAGCUCCUCA